AAGGAAGGAAGGAAGGAAGGAAGGAAGAAACGUGGUUUAAGAAGGAAGUAAGGGAAUAUAUCGAUUCGAUCGUUGGUGUAUGGUGACCGUGACCGGGACUGGGCACGAGAUCGAGAUCGUGAUCGUGAUCGUGAUCGUGAUCGUGAUCGUGAUCGUGACCGUGAUCCGUAAAUUUUGGUGUAUUUCGAUCGAAAGAAGGAAAAAGACGAGCCAAAAACAAGUGUUCCUAAAUGUUCCAUAGUGAAGGCUAUAAGGCGAACGAUCGUAAGAUUAUUGGCAAGGGUUAGGGUCGACGUAUCGUAAGUGCUUUCAAUGUUCCACUAUCGUCGUAAAACCUGCCGCUGUAGCUUAGCUUUGGAAAGAACAGCGGCAGGUCGACGUCAUUUUCGUUUGAGUUUCUCUCGAAAAGCAUGAUGCGGGAUUACGCAGCAAGCCGUGAAAACUGGAAUCAAAUCGAUUAAUCGACGCGAUAUUAUAUCCAGGAUAAUCGAAGACGAAGCAUCGAGUGUCGUUGCAGUAUUCUACGAUCUGAAAGAACUCAUCGUGCCGCUACUGUAUAUCUAACGUAAGGAAAGGAAAAUAGAAAGGAAAAGAGGAAGAAGCAGCAAGAGGGAAAAAGAAGACGCGGUGUAAGCGUUGGGUCAACGGCGAAUUUUUUUCUCGUUUCGUAUGGUCGAGGCAAAAACCGUUUGGCAAAAACAUGGAAUUCCUAUGGUCUAUGCGACACGGUUACUCGAUGCUUUUGGGGCGUGCCACUUUUGCUCUCUAUCUUCAGAUCAAAUAGAAUUACGCACUCACGGCGGAUUCGUUUUAUCGCGUUUUCCGCGUUUUUUCGCGUUUUUUCGCGUUUUUUCGCGUUUUUUCGCGUUUUUCCACGACUAGAAGAAGAAUAGCGAAGAAGAAAAGAGAUGAUACUUUGAAAUCGGCGACACUCGUUCUCUUGACGAAAGAUUUGCUGGAACGAGACGAUACGAUCCUAAGGGUAUCGCGAAAAAUGGUGUUGCGCGUAGCUACGCGAAACAAUUGGCCGAGUGUUGGAUCGACGGCGGUGUCAAAAGCGAUUAUUCGCUGAUCGUAUUCGAUGUAGAAUCGAAGAGAGGAAGAAGCAUAGCGGUGCAGAUUGCGUUGGCAUUAUCGGCGAAAUAGGUAUCAACCGAGUAGGUAUCGAUGACUCUCGAAGAGGUGUGACGCAACGGUGAAUCCGCUUUCCGAAAGGUGAUUCGAAAUUAGACACGGAGCAUGGUUGUCCAGAAGGAAGGCGAAGGGGUAACAACGCUAACGAAUCUGAAAAGUCGCGAAGCGACGUCAAGGAAAUCGGACAGUUGGUCGAGUAAUUGGAACGGAGUGGAACGAGCCAAGGAAACCGAGUGGUCGCGUAUUUACAGGAUUAACAGCAUAUCGCAACGUUUUGCCGACUGUUGUUUAUUAUCGAACGCGAACUUGCGGGACACGGCAGAGAAGCAAGAUUUGACCGGCGCGCACACACGACGCAAUUUGUUUCCGCCACUGUUGUUCUAUAUGCUUUGGAUCGAAUCGAGCCGCCAAGUCGUCCGACUGUCAGGGUGAUAGAGGUUGCGUGGUCUGGGCAGCGAGCAAAGGACGCGGAACGUCAUCCUUACCCUCACCGUCACCGUCAUCCUAUAUUCGUUACCUCUUCUGCGACGUGGUUGUUUUCAUUGCCGAUUUUUUUCUUUACUUUUCUUUGCGAUACGGAGAAAGAUCGGCGAUAGCGUGGAAAAGAGGGUAGAAAACCGAAGGGAAGAAAGACAGAAUCGAUCGAAGCUGUUGUAACGCCUCGGGUGUCGGUAUCGGGGAAUCGCGAAAGGACGAAUAGGUAAAGAUUGGCCGCAGAGUUUGGAUGGUUCCACGGGGGUGGUUAAACCGCGGCAGGUCAAUUUGGGCAGAGGAGGCAGAGCGGAGGCUGAAGCUAGAAUCGGAGCCAGAGGAGCUGUGCCAGAGCCAGAGCCAAAGGCAGAGCCAAAGGCAGAGUGGAAAAGGCAGAGCUAGAGAAUCAGAGUCAGAUCCAGAGCCAGAGCCAGAGCCAGAGCCAGAACCAGAGUCAGAGCCGGAGCAGCAACGUUUUUACGAUUCUCCGCCACCACGGAUGGACGUGAGCGUGUGCUGCUUGCCCGCCAGUGCCGGCUCGGGGGCCCAGCACCCUCAUCCAGCGAGUUUGCCUUCCGGCGGACAGCCGACGAUUCAGCCACCCUAUCAGUAUGCCGAUCAGAUAGUACCGGAUCGGGGUCAACCCGACGGAUUGCCGGUACUCGGUUGUACCGGCCAGGACAACUGGCAGCAGAUCUCCUCCGCUUCGAACGUCGUUGGCGCUGUCACCGCUACCGCCGCCGCUGCCGCCGCCGCCGCCGCUGCUGCUGCAGCCACCGCCACCGCCGCCACCACCACUACCACCACCACCACUUAUAUCGAUUACUCCUGGUUGCAGAUGCAGCAGACGUCGGACCUGGACACGUUUCUCUGUAGACAGGAUCUCGACCGACUGCAAAAGUACGAGGAUGACGACCCGGAAAAGGAGUCGAGGGAGCCCUCGGUGCAGAUGGAGGACUUUUUCGAGGUCGGAGGGCCGGCGUGUCGGCCACAAGCGAGCUUCGUCUCGUCGAGGAGUCAGUCCGCGGGAAACGACGACGACGUGUUCCUCAGGCCGCCGUUAUGGGAGGACAUCACCUCGAGUAUACAGAAGCUCGAUCCGGAGAACGCGGACAUGUUGGGUUCGCAGUCGCACGUAAAGAUGGAGACGGACGACGUGGCCUCGCCGGUACUGUCGCCGGUCGAGAUCAAGACGGAGCCGCUACCUCCGCCACCGACCUUGCACCUCCUCGAAGGUCCCGCUUCGAAUUCGGUGUCCACGUACGCGAACGGUCAUCCGAAUCCGUCCACCGGCCCGCAAGUCGUCCACCAUCGGACACCCUCCACCGCCUUCAAGACUUUUCCCUCCAACAACAACAACAACAACAACAACAACAACAACGUCGGUAGCAACAGUAACGGCAACAACAACAGCAACAGCAGUAGCGGCAACGGCAAUAGCAACGGCAACGGGACCGGGAACAGCAACAACAACAACGCCAACGGCAUAAGCAACAACAGCGGGAACGGAAACAGCAACAAUAACAACAACAACAACAACAACAACAACGAUUCGACGACGAGUCAUCACGGAGGUGGGAAUCAGAUCGGUGGCAGCGCGACGUCACCGCUUUACGGUUCGAUGACUAGGUUAAUGUAUAUUUCCCCGCUGACGCCGCCGAUUUCCGAUCCUGGCUCCCCGAUAGGGGCCCCGCCGAGACGGACACCGCCUCCACCCUAUCCCCAGCCGCCCAUUAUGAAUCCGCCUCAUCGGAUUCAACCUCCGACCAUCACUACCAAAUUCAAUAGGCGGAACAACCCCGAGUUGGAAAAGAGACGCGUUCAUCACUGUGAUUUCAUAGGUUGUACAAAGGUCUACACGAAGAGUUCGCAUUUAAAGGCGCAUCAGCGGAUACACACGGGUGAAAAACCGUACCAGUGUCAGUGGCCAGAAUGCGAAUGGCGAUUCGCCAGGAGCGACGAAUUAACUCGUCACUAUCGAAAGCACACCGGUGCGAAGCCCUUCAAAUGUGCCGUGUGCGAGCGGUCCUUCGCCAGGAGCGAUCACCUCGCCCUCCAUAUGAAACGGCAUCUUCCCAAGCAGCACGCCAAGUGACCGUACC